CUGGACCACAGGAGUGCAGCCUGGAAGCAGCAAACCCCGCACGGCAACACCUGCAGACAUUAACUCCUCGUGCUGACUUUAGUUUUUUUUUUCCCAGUAGGCUACACAAAAGAAAAAGAAAAAAAAAAAAACGCGGAUGAAACCGAAGCAACUGGAGCGGAACGAGAGCGUGAGAGCUGCGGGAGUCCGCGGAGAGCCGAAGCGAGACCGAAUUAACAGAAAGUUCUGCGACAGACGACAAGCGGGGACGACGGCAGGUAUCUGGUGGAUGGGUGGAAAAUGGAGGUGAACAGACAAGAGGUUCCUUUAUAUGGACAAGUUGAUGGUUGCAUGUUGCUGCAAGAAGCAGUCCCUGAAGACGGCGAGUUUUAUGUUGUUGCAGAAGGCUCCAGACUUACUCACGUGACCACCGCAAAAAGAGGCAGUGACGAGCGAACUCUUUGUUUCACCGUUCCAGGUCAUGAUCGUGUGGAAGUUGUCUCUGUCACAGCCUACAUCUCCACGAACAAUGGAGUUUAUCCUUAUGAGUGUACAGCUGUCCUUGAAUACUUUAGGAAUACUGCGCAGGACGCAGCAGAGUACCUUAGUGGGGACUGGGACCAGCUUGACCCUCAGAGCUAUCAGGAAGUCUUGAGGAGGUUUCCUUUGUUGGUGCAGGCAGCUGACCAGGAGAUCUGUGGACAGUCAGACUUCAGAGAAAUAGAGACUCAGCUCACAGGAAGUUCAGGUGAUAAUGUUGACCUGAAAAAUCUGGAUGAGACAAUCACUCUGGCCCUGGCUAACAUGGAAUACCCCCAGCAGUGGAAAAACCCUGACAGGGAGCUAAGAGAAGGUCAUGAACAUCAUCACAGAGAAGCCCUUCUUCACCUUGCUGUCCGCUUGCAUUUGGUCCACCUCACUCGCUUCUUAAUUCACCAAACUGCAGGUCAAACAUUGCAGAGCUUACCCAACGAGGAAAGGGAGACUCCGCUCCAGCUGGCCCAGGAGGACGGAUUUGAUUCCACCUUCGGUCCCUCUGAGGCUCCCGUAGGCCCUCCUCUGGGUGUUUUCUGUCUGUGGGCUGACAGCGCCUGCAUGCUGAGGUUUUGUCCAGGAACAGAGUCUGUUUUCCUCACUCUGCGACAGGCUCCCGUUGGCUGCCCCCAGGACGCCAUUAUGGUUCUCAGAGAAAAACUGAAAGACCACAGAAUCUGCAGACAGAUCAACAGUCUGAGAGGGAAACACAGGAAGUGUCACAAAAGUGAAGCUCAUCUGAAUGAUCAAAGUGGGACCAAGGAGCUUCAUGUAGAUGGGAAAGACAUGGUGGACAACGUUUUUGACGAUCCGACGACGUUGUUUUUAAUCGAUACCGACAGCGAAGAGGAAAACUCGUCAUCACUGCCCGUAAAUGGGCGCCCCGGACGGGACAGAGAAGUUCAGAACCAGUUCAGCCAGCGGGCUUCGGACCCUUUACUCUCCGUUGUCAACGACUCAGAUCAGCAGACUCAGGCUUGUGAAGAGGACAUUAAGCUAAAAAUAGAUGAUGUGACGCGUGACAGCACAGGGACUGAUGGCGGCCUGUGGGACCUUCUUCUUGCGACCGACACCCCUCCGCCUCGACCCCGCUGUGAAGAUCUCCUCCCUGGGUCCGUUUCUCUCACACCAGUAGAUCGGGCCCUCACCAGGUUGAGCUGUCGCAGCCCGCCAUUGGAAACCUGCGACAUCAGCCUGGUGGCCCUGGAGGUGGACAGUGAGGAAGAAGCUCCGGGGCCAAAGUCUCUGCUUUCCCGGCUGUUUUCAGAUGUUGGUAGAAGCGAAGAGAAGAAGGAAACGCCGCAUCCAGCUCCCGAUCUCACUUGCACUCGGAGCCAGUCGGCCUCGGCGUGCGAACCCAUCUCCAAAGAUUUGAGUGAGGACGGCGUUCGACUUCGCUCCUAUUCCUACUCGUACUCCAAGUUCUGUCCUAGUCGCAACCCCAGGGACAACCACACGCCGGAAGGUAGCCCUGAUGGCGUUCUCCACAGCGUCAGCCACAGCCGAUCUCUCCUUCAGGCGCUCUCUCUGUCUAAAUCCACCCUGUCUCUGUCUCUGCUCCACCCGGGCAAACAAAGAGCCUCCAGCAUUUCAGAACAGCCCAAUGAUAAAAGAGAGGUUAGGUUCCGUAAGCGCGCCCAGUCCGCUGACGAUGAUGGCAGCACUGAGCUGGCAGAGUCGCUGCAGCAUCUCACCCUGUCUGAGUUUCUCAAAGAGAUUGAAGAAGAGGAGUUGGAGAAGUGCAGCAUUCCAACCAAGACAGAGUCAGAGAAGUAUAAAGUCAUUCGCACAUUCAGCUUUCUGAAGAACAGGAUGUCCAGCACACGCAACAAGAACAAGGGAAAAGGGAAGGACAGAGAAGCCAAGGAUAGGCACCUGAAUGGCCACUGGUUUGGAACGGGUCCCUGUUUAGGUCCCACGCUGUGUGUGGUGUGUGACAAACCGGCUUCUGGAAAGGACCUUCUGCACUGCUCAGGUUGCACUGCUAUUGUCCAUAAGAGCUGUAAGGAGUCUGUUCCACCGUGCUUGAAGAAACUACAAGACAGAUGUGCGAUGACUGUGGAGAAAAGCAAGACAGCGUCUCUUCCACAGAACUUCACAGUGAGAGACAGUCCUUCUCAUUCUGUGAUCCCCAUUUCUGCUUCUCAACCCGUCCUCACCCCAAGGGAGAGGAAGGACACUGGGACACAGUCAUACUCUUUGCCUGGAAGCUUACCCAACAGUGACAGUAUGCUCAGCGAGAGUUCAGAGAUAGAAUCUGAAGCCCUGAGGCCGAAAAGCCAUUCGGAGGAUCUCCUGCCAACUCUGGGCUCCUCUGCCUCUAAUGAAUCAUCCUUCGGAGACGACUGCGUGGACUCGUACAUUCAGACUCACGGCAACAUAUUAGCGGAUUGUGCUGAUUACGAGGCCGAGUCGUGGAGUUUGACGGUGGAGCACAAGUUUUGCAAGAGGCAAGACAAGCGGGCUGUCAAGAGGCAGGAUGUUAUCUACGAGCUGAUGCAGACUGAGCUCCACCACCUUCAGACUCUGCACAUCAUGGCCGAGGUUUUCCGGCGAGGCAUGAAGGAAGAGGUGCAGCUGGACGCGGAGUCAGUGGAGCGGGUGUUUCCCUGCCUGGACCAGCUGCUCGCCUUCCACCACACCUUCUUCGCUGCCAUGAAGGAGCGGCGUCAGAGCUCCGGGCAGCCCCCGGGUCACAGGAACUACCUGAUACAGCAGAUCGGUGACAUCUUGCUCCGACAGUUUUCAGAAGAGAAUGGAGAAAAAAUGAAGCAGGUGUACGGAGAAUUCUGCAGCCAUCACAACGAAGCAGUAGCCUUUUUUAAGGAUCUCAUGCAGCAUAAUAAGAGAUUUCAAAGCUUCAUUAAGCAACAAAGUCAAAACUCUUUGGUGCGGCGGAGAGAGAUCCCAGAAUGUAUUUUGCUGGUAACUCAAAGAAUCACAAAAUACCCAGUGCUACUGGAGAGGAUCCUACAUUACACUCAAGAGCAAACAGAGGAGCAUGCCAACCUUUCCAAAGCCCUGGCUCACAUUCGGGACGCGAUAACGGCCGUGGACGUGAGGGUCAGCGAAUACGAGCGCCACCAGAGACUACAGGAAGUGUGGAACCGCAUGGAGAACCGCAGCGCGGCCAAGCUGAAGAGCGGCAACACCUUCCGCAAGCAGGACAUGAUGGGUCAAACGCUCAGACACCAGGGCAUGCUGCUGUGGAAGACCGCCACUAGUCGCCUUAAAGACGUCCUGGCGCUCCUCCUCACAGACGUACUCGUCUUCCUUCAAGAGAAAGACCAGAAAUACACAUUUGCUACUGUGGACCAAAAGCCUCCUGUCAUCGCGCUGCAGAAGUUAAUAGUUCGCGAAGUGGCGAACGAAGAGAAAGGGAUGUUUUUGAUCAGCGCCUCUUCUGCAGGCCCAGAAAUGUACGAGGUCCACACUUCAUCCAAAGAGGAGCGAAAUACCUGGAUGAGGCUGAUUAGAGAGGCGGUAGAAAGCUGCCCUGAGGAACCGGAGGAAUACGCAAGUGAAUCAGAAGAGGAGAAGCGAACUGCUGAGGCUCGUUUCCAGAAGAUCCUCAAGUUGCAAGAGAGCUUGAUGAGUCAAGACCAGCAGAUCUGCUCCAAUCUGGAGGAGAAGCUGCAGAUCUACACAGAGCUGUCCGCGCUGAGCGGGAGGACGGACGCCGCACUGGUGGAGCCGCGACUGCUGGUGCAGCCUCAGUCAGAGGAGCUGCCGCAGGCCGCUGCGCUACUGUCUGCUGCUCUGCAAGAAGCUGAGAACCUCAAAGCCGCGCUGUCGUCCAAGGCCCGCUCUCUGUCCAGUCACAGCCAGGACUCGGACUCGGUGUUUCCCAUCAGCCCCGCCGCUCUGUCCGAUCCCUCAUCCGACACUUUGGAGGAAAUCGGGGGAAACGGUUUUGACCUUCCGCCUAUGUCUGACUCGCAGAAAAAACACGAGAGUACAGUUGACUUUGAGGCUGCUGAGAGUGUCCAAACCUUGACUCAGUUACUCUACAGUUUGCAGGCUGCCGUAACCAUUCAGGACACUUUCUACGAGGUCCAGAAACUCCUCCUGCAAGUGAGCGAGCUGGCCUCGCCCCGCGGUGCCUGCCUGCACCUCCCAGGGCUCCGCGGCAACUCGCUGCAGGAGCAGGAGAAGCAGCGUAACCUGGAGAAGCGCAAGGAGGAGGUGGCGGCGGCCCAGCGGCUCCGGGAGCAACUGCGCCAGGAGAGGGAGCGCUGGGAGCGAGAGUGCCAGGCCAAGGAGAGCCAGCAGGUGGAGCAGGAGAGCCGGCUGGAGGAGAGGGAGAAGAAGUGCCUGCAGGCUGCGCAGAAGCUGAGGCAAGAGAGAGAGGAGCUGGCGGAGCAACUGGAGGAGUACCAGCUGAGCCUGGAGAGGCUCCGUGAGGGGCAGAGGAGUGUGGAGAGGGAGCGCGAGCGUCUGGAGGACCAACAGAAGCUGCUGCAGGCCUGGAAGCACGGGCGGCAGAGCAGCCUGCCCACCGUGAUACCCCACAUGGUCAUCCCUCUGGAUGUGCAGCAGGCCUCGCCGCCAAAUAACUCCAGACAGCACUCCGGUAACGGCUCUGUGUUUGUGAACGAGGCGGCGUUUGCCGGCGGCAGCGUCAAUAAUCGCCACUUCCACCACAAACGGAACGACCCGAGAGCACACAAUUGUUUCAACAGCCUGUUGGACAGAUCUAACAACAGAGAGUAUCCUGGUGUCACGAGCCCACACGGCACUGGAUACAUCUACACUAAUCCCCUGGGAAGUCUCAAGCACCCAACCAGUGAGCCCAGCUACAAUGGUGACACCUGGAUGUCGACAGCUGACCCCGAUGCGGAGCUCCCACAUCCCAGUGAGCAUCAUCUGGAGCUGAGCACGCUGGUCUCCUUGGAGACGGACAGCGAUCAGGAGGAGGGGAGGGAGGAAAAGAUCGUGUUCCUGUGAACGAUGAACCAUGUCAGACUCAGGAGGUCGACACGCCACCCAGAACCAAUUCCAUCUUACAUUUUGCCUCAAACGCCUCUCACUGCCGUUCUCCUCUCCCAUGCAUCUCAUCUCUUGCGCACUAUAUUUAAUGUUCUGGAAAAAGAUCUUUUAGCUUAGGCUCCACCCUGUACCAAUAAAAAUGUCAACUGCAUGUCUGCAAGACCUACUUCCUCUUGCAACUCCAGUAAAUUACAGAGCAGCUUAGCAAACCUGUUGUCCGUGCAUCUCUGUUGUCUCUCAGUUUAAAGAAAAAGUAACGUCUGACAUGGCUGCAGGAGAAAUGUUGCACUUGUGUUGCUGUGCUUGUUAAAUCAGGGAUCAACACAAAAUAGUAGAAGCAAUCAUUUCAAGUACCACAAAUCCUACUUUAUGAAUAGUUUGGUGGUUUUUGAAGCGAGGUGAUGCUAGCAGAUUGUGAGUUGUUCAUAUUUCAGCUGCAGAUAACUGAUGUUAACACUGAGAUUAAUAUUUCUCAAAGGCUGAAGCUCACAGCCAGCUGGCUAGCUAGGGGAGGCCUGCUUAUAGCAGACAUUUUCUGUCCUUCAGUCCCAGAAAUGUCAUAGUGGUUUAGGAAAACACUACAUAUGCCUUUGUUAGGUUUGCAUCGAGUGGAUAUUUAAACGGUAGUCGAUGAUUAUUUACACAGGAAAUGAAAGAGGAAGGUGGUGCACCACCAAUGAUCUUCCUGUGUGAAACGUGUGCUGUACUGAGUACAGAAUAGAAAAGUAAGGCAGUUAAAAAAAUGAUAAAAUAGGGUUCACUUAAACUGCCAUAUAUAUUUUUUAGAUUUUUUAAAAAUAAUUAUUUUACACAGUUUUUGUUUAUAUCACCCAUUUAUCAACGAAUGUGAACACUUUCAGUUUGACUUGCUUUGAAUAGCUUAGCCCUGUUGGCCUUUAAACUCUGAGGAUUUCUUUUGUUUUCUAAAAAAAAAACACUUACUGACAUGACACAUCAGCAACAGAAACCAUCUCCGGUUAUCUCUAUGAUAUUAACUUCAUUUUUAAAAUCCAAACUAAGUCUUUAAGAUGGCAGUGUGAUUGAAAUGUUUUGGGGGUUUUUUAAUUGCCAUAUAUUCUUUAAACAAUUUCUGCAUUUAUUUAACAAAGACCUUUGGUUUGUAAAUACGUGAGGCUACCUUCACUUUGCCUUAAAUGUAAAAAUAAUUUGUGUUUUGGGCAUUUCUGGCGAGAAUUUAGUUAAAACCACAAUUCUGCUAACUCACCCAACCCUGCAUGCAUAGAAGGCUUUUGUUUAUUCUGUUAUAUUUUAUGACAAAGAGAAAACGUGUCAAGCCUUACAGGUUGUAAACCAUCCUGAGAAUAUUUUUGAAGUUCCCAGAACAAUUCAAAGUUGCCUUCCUGACGCUGUUUUGCUUACUUCUGAGCGAUUGCACUUGAAUAUUCAUGUUGUGCAUUUACAUGCAGUUUCUCCAGAGCAUUUUGCUUUCUUAAAACAGAUCUGUGCCAAUGCUUUAGCCGUGUCUCGUUGUUUUUACCUACACUAGAAGACAGAAAAUUAUUCAGUUUUUCUGUUUUGUCUUAUGUUUGCUGCAAGGGCAGUGAAGCAGUGGCAGUAUUUAAUGUGGUAUUUAGUAAAAUGUACAGAAAAUAUGUUUAUUAUUUAUUUAUUGCAUAACAAUUUAUGUUUUACUGUUGUUCUUUUUUUUCUUAAAAGGAUGAAUUGUACAUAAUUGUGUAACUGUGUGAACGUCGUCAUUUCAUGAACGUUAAAUAAUCACGCGUAUCGAUAAAAUGUCAUUGGUGGCCUCCCGAGAUGCGAGUUUUGUUUUCCUUUUGGCAUGUUGCGUAACAAAAGUCCACUUUUGUUUGUCUAUUUCAAUAAAACGGCACAAACGAGUGACGUAGCCGCAAACAUCA